AUGAUUCUGACGCCGGAUAGCAGUGCACAGGCGACAGCGGCUACGUCACCGGCACCGGAAUCGCCGAUCUCUGGCAUCUCGUCGCAUGGUUCGCGCGCGUUUGGCGCCUCGCGCAUGUCUUGCGUCUCACAGAGCAUGUCCGGUGCUUAUCACGUGGCCCAGUUGCCUCAUCAUCUCAGCCCGAACAUGCCCACCAUGGACUCCACCGUCUCGUCGGCGAAACCCGAACCCGAAUUGAACAUAGAAUUCGACGGGACCACCGUGUUGUGUCGCGUAUGCGGGGACAAGGCGUCCGGUUUUCACUAUGGGGUACACUCCUGCGAGGGAUGCAAGGGAUUCUUCCGGCGGAGCAUUCAGCAGAAGAUUCAGUAUCGGCCUUGCACCAAGAACCAGCAGUGCAGCAUCCUGCGAAUCAACAGGAACCGUUGCCAGUAUUGUCGCCUCAAGAAGUGCAUCGCCGUCGGCAUGAGUCGUGAUGCGGUGCGAUUCGGCCGUGUGCCCAAGCGCGAGAAGGCCAGGAUUCUGGCUGCCAUGCAGCAAAGCUCCCACAGCCGUUCUCAAGAGAAGGCAGUAGCCGCCGAGCUGGAGGACGAGCAACGGCUCUUGGCCACCGUUGUGCAAGCCCACCUCGACACAUGCGAUUUCACCAGAGACAAAGUGGCUCCGAUCCUCGUACGAGCCCGAGAGACUCCUAACUACACCGCGUGUCCGCCAACCUUGGCAUGCCCCCUGAACCCUAACCCUCAACCGUUGACUGGCCAGCAAGAGCUGCUCCAAGAUUUCUCGAAGAGGUUCUCGCCGGCGAUCCGCGGCGUGGUGGAAUUCGCGAAACGCAUUCCUGGAUUCAGCCUGCUGGCUCAGGACGACCAGGUCACGCUGCUCAAGGCCGGCGUGUUCGAGGUGCUGCUCGUCCGACUGGCCUGCAUGUUCGACGCCCAGACGAACAGCAUGAUAUGCUUGAACGGCCAAGUGCUCAAACGGGAAUCCAUCCACAAUAGCAGCAACGCGAGAUUCCUGAUGGACUCGAUGUUCGAUUUCGCCGAGAGGGUGAACUCCCUGCGACUGUCGGACGCCGAGCUGGGUCUGUUCUGUUCGGUGGUGGUGAUCGCCGCGGACAGGCCGGGGCUGCGCAACACCGAGCUGGUCGAGCGUAUGCACAACAAGCUGCGAAACGCUCUUCAGACAGUGCUGGCACAGAACCAUCCCCAGCAUCCGGACAUCCUGAGGGAGCUUCUGAAGAAGAUACCCGACCUGAGGACCCUGAACACCCUCCAUUCGGAGAAGCUGCUGGCGUUCAAGAUGACCGAGCAACAGCAGCAGAUGCAGGCCCAGCAGCAGCAACAGCAGCAGCAACAGCAGCAGCAAACGCAACACGCGAUGAACGCCCAGCAACCGCAGCAGCAGCAGCAUUGGCCGAUGGAAGAGGAACCACCGGCGUCCUGGGGCUCCGCCUCGGACGUUACCCUGGACGAGGCCGUAAAGAGCCCGUUGGGCAGCGUUUCGAGCACCGAGAGCACCUGCAGCGGCGAGGUCGCCUCACUGACCGAGUACCACCUGGUGGCUCCCCCUAGCGGACAUCACGCGACGAGCGCGCCCCUGCUUGCCGCCACUCUGGCCGGCGGUCUCUGUCCCCAUCGUCGGCGGGCGAACUCCGGCAGCACGAGCUCUGGCGACGACGAGCUUCAUCGCGCGUCCCUCUCCAAGACGUCCCAGCCGCCCCAGUGCCCGCGGUUCCGUAAACUGGACUCGCCCAGCGACAGCGGGAUCGAGUCCGGCACGGAGAAGCCGGACAAGCCGGCGAGCAGCAGCGCCAGCAGCGCGCCGACCUCCGUCUGCUCGAGCCCCCGCUCGGAGGACAAGGAAGUCGAGGACAUGCCGGUGCUGAAACGGGUGCUGCAAGCGCCGCCGCUUUACGACGCGAACUCACUGAUGGACGAGGCGUACAAGCCUCACAAGAAGUUCCGCGCUCUCCGUCAAAAGGACAGCGCGGAGGCCGAGCCGGCCGUGAUCGUGCAGCACGCGCAAUCCCAGCUCCACCUGCACCUGACCUCGCCGCCGGCUAGAAGUCCCUCGAACCAGAUGGCGCCCCAGUGCCCGCAGACGGCCAGUCUGCUGAGCAGCACCCACUCCACCCUGGCCAGGAGCCUGAUGGAGGGUCCGCGGAUGACCGCCGAGCAGAUGAAGCGCACGGACAUCAUCCACAAUUACAUAAUGCGCGGCGAGGGCAGCCCCAGGUCGCCGGCGGUCUCGCCGUCGCCCGCGGAGCAGUGCGCCUCGACGACCACCAUCACCGCGCGCUCGCCCCAGGGUACCCAGGGCCUCUUGCAGUGCGCCACCAGCAGCUACUCGACGACCCGGUGGCCGGCCACGUCCGUGAUCACGACGACGACCGGCGCCCGGCAGCAACAACAGCAACAGCAACAGCAGCAGCAGCAGCAGCAACAGCAACAGCAGUCUUCCUCGGACUACCUCAUGCUCGGGAACUCGCCCGCCUCGUCACCCAGGUACCUGUCCGCGGCGGCGACGAGUAGUACGAGCACGAGUCCAAGGCCCACCUCGAGUACGGCGGCAGCGACGUUGAUGCUGUCCGGCUGCCCCAGCAACAUGAUGGAGCUGCAGGUGGACAUCGCCGACAGCCAGCAGCCGUUGAAUCUGUCGAAGAAGUCGCCGUCCCCGUCGCCGAGGCCGCUGGUAGGACCGUGCAAAGCCCUGUCCCUCGAGGCGUAGUGGUCUCGCGCGGCUGGCAACGAUCACCGCGACGCGGGACGCGUCGGGGACGCCGUACGGCGCGAGUAACGUCCGCGAUCCGCGUGUCGCGUAACCGCGCGGUUGGGGAGGACACUUCAUUUCGACGAAGGAACAAGUAUGAAAGUGCCAGGACGCUCUGAGCGCGUGAUAAACCAAAUAAUUUAUUAAUUUAAACUAUUAAUCGAUAAUUGCGCGAGACACUAUCGGAGAGACGGUGGGAGGUGGCGGAAAAAAAACCGAACGUCCAGACCUCCUUCGCGGACACCGCUCCGUGUCGUAUUUAUGAAGAAUAUAUUUCUGUUCUCCAAAAUGGUGUGGUGAAACCGAAGGACGGAUCGAACGGGAACCGGGACUCUUUGAGACGAGUAAGUGCCGUUCCGGUAGCAAACGAGUGCCGUGUAGGGAUUUACCUGUUCACCGAAAGGGAUCUACCUGCCCGAUUACCCGUCUACCACCAGAGCAUCGACGAUAACACGUGACGGAGAUCCGUCUGGGGUGUUUGGACGAUCUAGAAAGAUAACGUUAUCGAUCAAGGGUAAACAAGGAGGAAACAGUAAGACAAGAAUGAUUGAAUGUUACAGAAAUUAAUAAUCUAUCUACAUGUGAUAAUCAUGGAAAUCGCGCAUCCUGUACAGUCUCCACCUCAUUCAUCGAUCAUCUUACUCUACUAUAAUUAUUGAAUAUAAUAAAAAAGUAAUUAAUAUUAUUGUAACAUGUGUAAGGUAUAAUAAUCGUAAAAGUUAUCAUCUUGUGUAUGUGCGCGUAGGGAAAGAAAACACGAGUGAGAGAGUGCGAGUGGGUGUGCGUGACGAUCGACCAGGAACAAGAACGAAUGGAAAACGCGUGAGCGUGCUUGUGCAAGUGAGUCGGGGAAAAAUCGCAGCAAACGAGCUACAGAGAGAAAAAAAGCAAAAAACAUAUAUAUACAGGAUGUUCGUCCACACCUGGGAAACAUUUUAAUGGGAGCUUGUAGGGACCAAAAUAAGAGGAAAAUCAAGAAUACCAAUUUUUUGAUGGAGGCUUCGUUAACAAGUUAUCAACGUUUUAAAGCUGAUAGUGGUUCUCGCUCAGAAAACUGUAAGGCUGUCGAUGAGUCAGUAAGUAGAUUUUCUCAUGUUGAGUGAGAACCACUAUUCCACAGGCGAAGUAUUCUUGAUUUUCGUCUCGUUUUGGCCUCUAGAAUUUUCUAUAAAAAUUUUCCCCAGAGGUGAUCGAAUACCCUGUAUGUAUGUACGAAAAUGACGAAAAAGAAAAAAAACCCGGCUUUUCGAUCGAUCACGUUCGAACGAAAAGCACAGAGUCAGAGCCAGCGAGAACGAUCGCGAUAUUUUAAUAAUAAUGAGACUGACCCGGCCCGCCGCGGCCUCCGAGAGUUUGCAAUCAACCGUACCUUUUAUCACGUAAACCCGCGGUGUCGUGCUUCUCGUCUUCGGGCGAACGACCCGAGAACCAAAACACGGUCUAUCCGAUUAUUCUGAUUCGCGUCGCGAAAAGAACCUUAGGUAUUGUACAGACACAGAGACCCCGUGUUUGUCUGUUCUUUUCUUCUCUUUUUUUUUUUUAGCCAAAACACCGCGACAACACAGACACGUCGCGUGUGGCGUAACGGAUGAGAGAAAGAAAAAAGUACGAGACUAGAGUCAACGGUGUGUGAGAGAGCGUGCGCGUGCGAGUGAAAGAGAAAGAGAAAAGGAUAUUGAGAGAGAGAGAGAGAGAGAGAGAGGAGUCGCGUGCAACUUCGUUAGAAUCGGCGUACGGCGCAGAAAUGUAAAUAGUAAAUUCGUAAGACUAGGUCGUAGAAGCCGCGCGAGUGGACGAGAUUUUUUUUCUUCUGGUUUUUUUUUGUCUUGGUUUGCUGACGAGAAAAGAUACACUCGGCGAGAAAGAGGUAACGAGAGAAAGGAAAAAACAGGAAACGAAGAUAACGCGGCGGGCCGCCGCCGACGUGUUGUUGAGACGCCCGCCCCGCCCCCCCCCCCUUUUCGCUCCCCGUAGUACAGCCGGGAGAGAAACGCAAAAUACAAUCCGUGGAAGAUAAAAAUGAAAAAAAAAAAGAUAUGUAACGACCCCGCUCCCCACCCUCGAACGCGAGAAACAAACACACACGCGCACACACACACACACACACACACGCGUACACGAGUGCGCGCGCACGUGCGACUAGAGGACGAAAACGCGUGUGGCAUUGCGAUACCCAGCGAGCCGAGAAUCACUGUUCGACGGCUGAACAAAAAGGAUAAAACUCGGUAGGGCGAUGGCGA